AAAAAACAAAUAGUGAUCAUUUGGGUGUUUGACUUUUUGUUAUCACUUAUCAGUAUCGCGAAACGCAGCAAACCGAAACCCUCCGGAAAUGGAAGCGGUGGGUUCAAGGCUAGGCCGAGCCUCCUCCCGCUACGGCGCACCCACCGUGUUCAGCGGCCCCGUCAGGAAGUGGAAGAAGAAGUGGGUCCACGUCUCUUCUUCCUCUUUACACACCACCAAUACCACUAACACUCACUCUCACUCCACCACAACCAACACUACCACCAACAACAACGUCAACAGCGCUUCCUCUCGCCUCCUUCUCCGCCGUUGGACACCCAUCACUGCCUCCUCUGCUGCCGAAGACGAUGGCGACCCACGCGAUGUCUCUGACGAGCCACCGCGAAGGAAGUUCCGCUAUACUCCUAUUGCUGUGCUUGAAGAACAGAAGAAGGCUGUUAUUGAAAAGGUUGAAGAUGAACUCAUAGCUGAUCGUGACCAAUUGCCCGAAGAUCAGAGAAAUGUGAAUCAUGAGAUCCACGGAAUGCUGAAUAUGAAUGAAAUGUCAGAGGAGAGCAAGGAUUCUAACAUUGGUGAGUUGGAUCUCGGUUUGAGCUAUCCUGGCAUCAACAGCAAAACACAGUGAUGUCCAAUUGGAGAAAACAUACCCAGUGGUGGGUGGACCAUGAACUGAAAGAAAAACCCUAUUUAAGUAUUACUUAAAGAAAUACCAUCUAGCUAAAUAUAUGACCAUGUGAUGUACCAUCCUAUCUUGACAUGAUUGCAGUUAGUUAGAAUCUCGUGUGCGGAGUUGGUACUGUUUAACUAGUGCUAGUAGUAGUAUAAAAAUCAGGAACUAGUGUAGAUAAGCUUAGGUUGAUAGAUAUAUUGCUAAAUGCAUCAUACAUGGAUACAUCAUACGUGGUGUGAGUCUUAGUUUAUGUAGAUAUAAAAUCUUAGGUUGCUCUAAA